AUGCUACGUUCACUACGCCUUGCACGUUUCCCGGUCCCAUUAUCCCCUUUUCGAGGCUUCUCUGCCAAAGUCGAUCCAAUGGCGCCUUUGCGUAUAGGCUUCGUCCCUGAGCAUUUCUCGACGCCGCUUGAGUUCGCGAAGAAGCAUUAUGGGCUCGACUCCAAGCUGCUGCCUUUCCCGUCUGGUACUGGUCACAUGGUCACGGCACUACAAGCAGGCGAAAUCGACAUCGGCGUGGGUCUCACUGAAGGUUGGGUGGCCGCGAUAGGCAAGGCACAGGCGGCGAAGCAUGAUGCUGGCUUCAAGAUGGUGGGCACAUAUGUCGAGACCCCACUAUGCUGGGCCAUAUCAACGGGCGCAAGGCGAGAUCUGGCAGGCGUACAAGAUCUCAGAGGCAAGAAGGUGGGCGUGUCGAGGAUUGGAAGUGGUAGCUACGUGAUGAGUUUUGUGCUGGCUGACCAACAAGGCUGGUUGGAUACCACCUCAGACAGCCCGCCGUUCGCCGUCGAAGUCCUCAACACAUUUGCCAAUCUCCGAGAAGGCGUGAACAAAGGUACAGCGGACUUCUUUAUGUGGGAACACUUCACAUCGAAAAAAUACUACGACAACGGUGAAAUUAAACGCAUCGGCGAAAUCUACACACCUUGGUCAUCGUGGAAGAUUGUGGCUGCAAACCACUUGUUUCACCCCCGUAAUUGGAGCUCUAGCGUCAAAGCAACCAAGCCUGCUCUUAAAGACGAGCUUGAGGAUGUUCUCGAGAAGAUCAACAAGGGUAUCAAACACUUCGAAGACAACCAGGAAGAAGCAGUUACGUAUAUCAGUACCAAACUCGAUUAUUCAGAGGAAGACGCAAGAGAAUGGCUUGGUACGGUUGGGUUUUCGCAGGAUGUCAGAGGUGUUGACAGCAAGGUGAUUGAUAAGACUGUUGGCAUCUUGCAGAAAGCUGGUGUUCUUGGAGAGCAAGUCGACCAAACAGCGAUGAUAGGUCUCGAACGAUCUUGA